AUGAGUUCAUUUAUAGAUGACACCUCCAAACCGCUAGGAUAUGAUAAGGAAGCUCCACAGAGAUGGAACUACACACUUUUCCUAUACAGCCUGAAACUUGUACAGGUCAACGAACCCGAAGAGCAAGUCUCGGUGGUUUUGGAACUCAUGGAGUAUUGGUAUGAUCCAAGGCUGUCAUGGAAUGCUUCAGACUACAGAAAUGUCAAUGCAAUUUUUACGAGACAAGACAAGGUCUGGAGUCCAACAUUGACACCGUUUGGAAUAAACGACUUAAUCGACUUUCGCGACCAAGACUUCCGUUUGGUAUGUCUCGACAAUCUUGGAAUGAUUUAUGACUACCUAUCCGCACGCGUAUCUGUAAUUUGUCGGAUGAAUGUCGCACGAUUUCCAUUUGACACUCAAAUUUGUCAAAUCCGAUUCUCACUUCCUAUAUUCAGUUUCAAGGAAGUCAAAAUUUUUAGUGAAGUUUAUGAAGGGAUUCAAAACGCCUCGGCGUUUGAUAAUAUGGGAAAUUCCGAAUGGAGACUUACGAAUCUAACGAACCGAGUGGAUUUUCUGUCAUUCCAGGAUAGAUUUGAUCUUGAGCUAGCUGUUUUUGAAAUCAAGAUUACGAGAAAUCCGUUGUAUUAUUUUUAUAUGAUUAUCUUCCCGUCGUUCGUAAUCAAUUCCGUUUCAAUAAUGGGCAUUUUUCUGAAAGGAGCUGAUAAAAUGUCAAAGCUAAAUGUGGGCUUGACCAAUAUAAUGACAAUGACAUUUAUUCUUGGCGUCAUGUCCGAUAAAAUUCCACGGACUGGAAGUAUUCCGUUACUGGGUGUCUAUAUAAUCAUCAACUUGCUAAUCAUGCUAGCAGCAAUUUUCGUGGUGAUGAUGAUAACCAAACUGAGAAGAUGGGCUCUACCUAUUCUGAGAAAAAAGAAAACGCCUAUGAGUCGAAAAUUGGAAACAUUCAUUGGAUCACCGUUGGAGUACACGUGUGCUGUGAUUUUGGAGCUUAUAACAUGCGCAAACUUUUUUUUAAUGAUCGGAUUCUGGAUAAACGAUCAGGAAACUGUUUUGACAAAAGGAUAA